AUGGUUUAUUUGGGCCUUCUCCUCAUAUUUACAGCAGUUUCCUACUGCUUUAACCCGCUUAAGUUGCGGAAACUCGACAUCAGCCAGCGAUCCCUAAAUUCCUGCACAGAAUACAACGAGCACCAUCUAGAUAACGUAUAUUACUCCUACUUCAAACCAUUACCAGACGUUUUAAUAAAUUCAGUAUAUGAAGGACAUUAUAAAAUCUGGGAAAGCAAAUUACAUGGAGAAUUCUGCAAGUAUGCCCUAGUAGCAUAUAAGCAUCAGUCACCAUACCUAAUAUAUAUACUGAGAGAUAACCCUGAAUUCACAUGUGACGCAUAUUAUGUCAAAUAUGAGUUGGGAUGGGAACCAAUUGAUGGAACAACCUACAAAGAACUAAUUAAUCAGUUGGAAAAAAUACGACAUCCACACAAUGUAACAUUAUUCCUCGAUAAUAACUCAACAUUACCAACAUAUGCCACUGUACACGAGUACGUUGGUAAGUUUAGAGUUCAAUUUGUAGCUCCCAAGUAUGGCUAUACAGCUUGGAGAGUCCACCUAAAUGGGACAAUUUGGUCUUCUAGAGGUAACGAGAGCAGAUGUGCCGCUGUUUGGUGUUACCUUUUAGAUGGUUUUAACAUUACAUAUGUUAGGUUAUUGGUGAAACAUUCAGAUGGCGAAGCUGAACUGCUUGACUUUUACCAGAAAAAUAGGCGUUGGGAACGGCCACUGGAUACAACGCGUUUCGCAACGAUACUUGGAAUCGAGUCCCCAGAUAGUUUUCUACAUCCAGAAUACGAUUUCAUGGAUAGAAUUGGUGAAAUUCACUUCCCACCAUUCAGACCACAAACUGCUCAGUGGGAUCUAGUAUCAAGUAAUACUGACCCGAAUGUGUUAUACAUUGACACAUUUAUCACCAACGAGUAUGUGUUUACUCAGAAAAUACAUUUGGAUGGCGUGUUUUAUCAAGUCUUCAGACCGAAAGGUGAUGCGAUGGUAUAUUCGGUAAAGGAGUCAUAUUUAAAGGUCUGGAGACCAUACCGAGAUGAAGUUUUAAAGCUUGCCAUUGUGGCGUAUGAUCGUAAUAUACCAGUGCUAAUGUAUACUAUUAUUAAUUUUGGCAACACAAUUAAUACUUUUUAUUUCCGUAAAAAAGUCUUACGGACCAAUACCGCCAGUAACACUACUACUGAUACUGCUAGUGGUAACAAUUUUAGAGAUGAAGAUUAUAUAAAUAAUUCAUGUUGGAUAAGGACGACAUGUACAUAUUAUAAAGAGAAAAUUGAUAAAUUGAGCUUAUUAUCAUAUGAGAAGGUAGAAAAUGUGACGUUGGAUAUAUAUUUACCAUCUGAUAGUAAUUUAUUUUACUAUACAGCUGGUAAAGGAUAUUCAUACUAUUCACCAAAGCCUACUUAUAAAAUUACAAGGGUUGUGAAUCAGUUGGAUGUAAUUUGGGAGUCUACAGAUGGUGAAAGAGUUAUUUCAGCAUAUGUAUAUGAAAAUGGUACACCAUAUCUAAUUAAACUUGUUGUCGCCGAUAGUUCUAGUACUCGGGUAAUUGUAUAUUAUUUGUUAAACGAUAAGUUUGCCAUGGUUAAAUCUGCCUUACCACAACCAAGUAUGCAAACAACUCUCAGCUUAAAUAACCUUGUAAAUAAUUUCAAAGGUACAAUAAAUGAUAGUUAUAAGCCAAUAAAAGAAUCAAAUGAUAAAUCAAUAGAUAAUGGAACAAAUGAAUCAAAUAAAGAAUCAAAUGAUGUUGUAAAAUAUAAAUUAAUAUUAAAUGGACAAUUAAAAGAAGUAAUGAAGGAACAUUAUGAUCAAGUAGUUAAAGGUUUGGAGGAGUUUUAUUACCCUCAAUAUGAUUUCACACCUAAAAUACCUGAAUUCCCACUCUCAUAUCCACUAGAUACCUAUCAAUCACUCUACAAUUUCUCAUAUUAUCAAUCACUGAAUAGUAAUGAUGUGAAAGCUCUAACCAAUACUAUAAGAAAUGGUGUUACUAAUACAAGUGUUGUGAAUAAUAGUGUUACUGCCAAUAGAGGUGUUAAUGUUGGUUUUCCUGGUACAAGUGUUAAUGUGAAUAGAGAUGUAAAGGAAUUUAUAGAUAAUUUUGUAGUGCCAUAUUAUAAUAUGGAAGAUUGUAUAUUAUUGGAUAUAACACACCCGAAUAAAAAGCUGACACAAGUGUCAGACGAAGUCUUCGAUGGUGUUAUCAAGGUAAAGUUCAUACAACCAAUGCCGGGAAAAUACUUUAAAGAAAUAUCUGAAAAGGAUACGAAAAUGUAUAUGAGGUUGAGUAAUAGUGAGGCGUCAAUAGGAAUCCACCUCUACUCAAAUCAGAACAGAUAUGUGCUGGCAGACGUGAUGCUGGCGGCGUCAAGACCAGCGUCAAUCCACCUCAAAAAGGUCAAUGACAUGUGGAAAUACAUUAGAAAGUCUGAAUUCACACAACUAAUGCAACAACUCAAAUCAAACAAUUAA